AUGGCUGGCAAAGCACACAGGCUAAGUGCUGAGGAGAAGGACCAGCUGCUGCCAGACCUGCGGGCUGUGGGGUGGAACGAGCCAGAAGGCCAGGAUGUCACCUUCUAGCAGUUCCAUUUCAAAGACUUCAGUAGGGCCUUUGGCUUCAUGAUGAGAGUGGCCCUGCAGGCUGAGAAACUGGACCACCAUCCUGAAUGGUUUAACAUUUACAACAAGGCCCACGUCACCCUGAGCACUCACGAGUGUGCGGGCCUUUCAGAACUGGACAUAAAUCUGGCCAGCUUCAUCGAGCAAGUAGCAGUGUCCAUGACAUAGACC